GUUCGGAAUAAUUCUUCCCAACGGGGUUAAGCAACGUGAAUUUUUGUUCAUCCUCUCUCGGUCUCCUCUUCCUUUUUUUUUACUCUCUGGAAAUCUCACAGCUACGAUGGUUUGCGAGAAGUGUGAGAAGAAAUUGUCGAAAGUAAUUGUGCCAGAUAAGUGGAAAGAAGGAGCAAGCAACACCACCGAAGGCGGUGGUCGUAAGAUCAACGAAAACAAGCUUCUCUCCAAGAAAAACAGAUGGUCACCAUUAGGAACAACCAAGUGCAUCAUCUGCAAGCAACAAGUCCACCAAAAUGGCAAGUAUUGCCAUACAUGCGCCUACUCUAAAGGUGUUUGUGCAAUGUGUGGAAAACAAGUUUUGGACACCAAGAACUACAAGCAAAGCAAUGUGUAAUAAAAUAAAUAAUAAACUUGUUGUUUUGUUUUUGUAUGAUGGUUGAUUUUUGUUUUAGCUAACUUUAUCAGUUAUAUCCUUUUAUGAUCUUUCAUGUAACGAUUGUAAUGUUGGCUUACAUAUUACUUAACAGCUUAACACUAUUGCUAUUUGAUCAUUCUUCUUGGUUCUUUUAA